AUGAAUGAGAUCAUUCUGUUAAGUAUGACCCUAUCCAGUUGUUAUAAUGUUGUGUAUUACAAAGGGGAUGGUCUAAUUGCGGUUACUUGUUCAAGGGAAUUGUCAAGUUUUGAUCUGUUUGUUGAGGAGGCUUGUCAUGGUGUUGCUUCUAGCUCUUCGUCUGGUAUUUCCACGCAGUCGCUCAGUGACGAUGAAUCAUGCACUGGAUUCACUGAGACUUCAAAGAUUAAAUACCUGACGGAAGGUCAUGAGCAAUUGAAACCUCUUUUAUCCGAAGUUGCAAAGGUUAAGAAUGACAGACUCAGGUUCACAGGCAAGUGUGGUAGGAAUGCAGAAUGUCCUUGGUAUCUGCACUGUAUUCCAAUCGAUACCGUUAAAAGUGUCUUUGCUAUCAAGGAAUUCAAUGGGGAGCAUAAAUGUGGUGGUGCUUAUAAGCUGAAGGACCCACCUGUGAAGAAGAAAUUGAUUAAGCAUCUAUUCAAGGAUCAAAUACAGUCAAAUCCGUCGAUAAAGCCUAAUGAUAUGGUUGCUCAGGUGAAGAGUUGUUAUGGAAUUGACAUAAAAUACCAUCAUGCUUAUAAAGGGAAUGAAGCAUCUAAGGCAGAGAUAUAUAGCGAUGAUGUAAAAAGUUAUACAUAUCUUAUUUUGUAUGUUGAAGCAAUAAAGGCUACCAAUCCUCGCAGUUAUAUUAAGUUUGAGUAUGAUAAAGAGACUAAACGUUUUCAGAGGAUUUUCAUAUGUUUUGCUUCCUGUAUGGAAGGAUACCGGUUCAUUCGCCCUAUGCUUUACUGUGAUGCAACAUUUCUCAAUGGGAGAUUCAAGGGAACAGUGAUGGCUGCCACUGGUGUGAAUGGAAACCAAAUUCCUGGAGAAGACAUUGAAGGGUGGGAGUGGUUUAUGGAGAACUUGCAGCAUUGUGUCGACUCUCGUCCUAUCACCUUUAUCACUGAUCAUCAUGAAGGGCUGAAGCAAAGUAUUCCCAAGUAUUUUCCAAACUCUUAUCAUAGUUACUGUUUCCAUCAUUUGAAGAAUAACCUCCCCAUCAAUAAAUCACAUGAGAAUUAUAAACAAGUUCAAGAUUUGUUCCAUAAAGAUGCAUACUGCUAUAGUGUUGCUAAAUAUGAGUCUGCUUUAAAUGAGAUGUGUAUCAUAGGAUGUGGUUGGGUUGCCAAGGAUCUGCCUCCAGCUGCUCUUGUUGAUGAUAUUAGGAUAAAGAUUAUGAGGAUGAGUGCAGAAAGGCGUGAGCUCGGUAGAAAUUAUAGUGAUAGUUUGACUCCCAUCUAUAAAGCUCUACUCAAGUCACAUGUCGAUAUAGGGAGUCCAUGGAGUGUUACGGAGUCAGGUAAUGGUAUAUAUGAGGUUCACUCUCCUAGCUCUCAUGUUGUUGAUCUGAUGCAUAUGACGUGCAAUUUCCAGAGAUGGAAAGUGUUUGGUUUCCCCUGUUCUCACGCAACUGCUACUAUUACUAUGAGUGGUAUUGAGAUGUUGAGGCCAGAAGCGUAUGAACCUGAAGAGAGAGUCCUACCUGGUAUUCUAAGGCCACCUCCAAGAAGACCACCAAAGAAGCGCAUCUGUGGUGCUUAUGAGAAGGAGAGAAGGCAUAUGAAGUGCUCAAAUUGCAAGAAGAUUGGGAACCACAACAAAGCUACCUGUCGUGUAUUAAUGAUGGAGUAG